CCCAUUCCAACUCUCAAUUGUACGUACUGGCCACAAUAUCUCGCCACACAAUAAAGCCCCAUUCUUUUUUCAUUUUCUCUCUCUUCUUUCUUCUUUUUUAUCUUCUCUGUCUGUCUGUCUGUCUCUCUCUCUCUCUCUCUCUCUCUCUCCCUGAUGGAGAAACACUAUCCGGCAAUCAUUCCAUGGUCGUCGUCGUCGGCUGAUCUGUGGCAGCCGAUUGCAUCGGACUCCGACGCCUACACCGGCUUAAUUCAGACGGCCGCCGGCGAUGGGGUUUCCGGGUUGACGACAAGCAUGAUGAGAGCAGUCGAUCCAGUUCUGCCAGGCGGUGAUGAUCGGAGCAAGAGCUUGGCCAGUAGUAGCAGUGAAGCUAGUGAGGUGAAACCAGCAGGCAAGAGUAGGAAGUCCAGAGAGGAUCAUAACAAGAUCAGAAACCCCAGAUAUGCCUUUGAAACGAGGAGCCAAGUUGAUAUUCUGGAUGAUGGCUAUAGAUGGAGGAAGUAUGGACAGAAAGCCGUCAAGAACAACAAGUUUCCAAGAAGCUAUUAUCGUUGCACCCAUCAAGGCUGCAACGUGAAAAAGCAAGUUCAACGCCUAUCCAACGACGAAGGAAUAGUGGUGACAACAUAUGAAGGGAUGCAUUCACAUCCAAUAUUAGACAAAUCCACCGACAAUUUUGAGCACAUCUUGAGCCAGAUGCAAAUUUACACUCCAUCUUGAGCUCUCAAACAUAUGCCUAGACAAUGAAUAUUUUGUGGAGUACAUGCCAUCGUAGUAAAGCUUCAAAUAAAAUGUGUCAUAUCAAUAAUGUAUUUCGUACAACUCUUAAUAUGCUCUAUUAAUUUGAUUGUUUUGAGUCUUGUUGUCAUCA